CAAUUAUUUUGCAAGUAGCUCAAAAUAAAUAAAUGAAAUGAAAUAAAAUAGCAGACCCGGCUAACCGCGUACCUGGGACGGGUUCCAAGUGCCCGGACACGACUUCAAUUGACGAGGCAGUAAAUUAAAAUUUAAAUUUAUGCCAUUCGCCAGUGGAAACUGCUGCCAGAAAGGCCGCACGGAGCCAAGUCGGUGUCCCGAAAACGGAGAGACAGGGCACAAUUAGGUGCAGCUCAAGGUGCGCCCCAGAAGGCUUUCAGGUGGUGAGUAGACGUGGCCGAGUGACCAACGUCCGGCGGUGGGGAUGGGGCGCGGUAUCGGCCAUGUCAUCACUUCUAUUGUCAUCAUCUCGCGUCAUCUUUCUGUCAAAAAUGUAUUUAUUUAUUUGUGCAUUGCAAAUGCAUUGCCGAGCCCUGAGUGAAUCGUCAUCGCGGCCACUCGCGGUGCUCACCUGCCAACAGGUGUUGUUUGAGCCCUCGCAGACGCGUUUUGACCCAAUUAGUUGUGGCCGGUUACAAUGUAAGCGCAAAGUUUAUGGCUCGUAAAUGUCGUCUGUGGCCUGUUUUAAUCAUGUUGCAUUUAAAACGGUCGACACUAAGUCGUAUACGUAAUGCAUUCGACCACAUAAUUAGCAUAUGCAUUUUUUCAAGCUAAACUUUUUAAAAAUUUUAUAAAGAUUCUGGCAACAUGCGUCUAGAUAUUGAGAUCUCAAAAUAUUUCAUUUUUCUAGUACUCUUAGCACCUGGAAAACAAUGUUUUUAAAUUAAGGUAAGUUACUUUCACAUUUUACAACCGCAAUUUUUGAAGUAGGUACCUUUCUAUUUUUUCUUAGAGGAUAUGUGCUCUGUUUUUUAUCAGUGCAAUUUCCUGUUAAUGUGUGAACCCGCAACUCGUUUCACACAAUUUCAACCGCAAAUUACAGGGCGAUUUUCGUGUACGAUUCGAGAUACUGCCAUUCUACACUAAUUAUAACUGUGAAGUUGUAAAUCCACCAAAAACAAGGAAGACCAGCGGAAACCACCCAGAUCCGCUUGCGAUACAAAGACAUCCUCGACCGCCAAAAGGGGGCCAUAAAUGGCAAUCAACAGACAAUCAAUGGGUUAAACCCUUUUUGCUUUAUGAUCCGAAAACAAUUUAAGCUUUUAUUUGUUUUUGAUGCCACCACAACAAGUAAUCAGAAGCCGCCAACCUGUCUUCCAAAUGGUAGCAAAUCAAAUUGGCCAACAGCAAAGCAGGGCUUACCUGCCUGCACCGACCUGGAGCGUGGAGCUAAGUGCAAUGAGCAUACAUCAUGGCCAGAAGUUGCAUUUGGACACUGGCCGAGUACGAGUGCAAUUGAUGGAUCACCGAAAACCGACUGCCCGCAAUCGUUGCUGCUGCAGUUGCUGUUUCUGCUGCGGCAGUUACUGCAGCACUUGCAGUGGGACCAGCGCCAAAUGAGUUGAGAAGCAGUUGCGUAAAACGAAACCAGCGAUAAUGAUCAUGCCAAGCGCAGAACGCGUUAAAGAUUUCAACGUCGUCAUCAGCAGCAAACAGAAGCGGCUCGCUACAGUGGGCACUCGCUGGAAGCAUCCUCUCACCGACCAACACAGAAAUGAUGAAGUCGGGUAUAAAAUUCACAAUCCCAUAAAGCCUUAGUUAAAUUAAAAAAAUUACUUUUAUUUGAGCUAAGUGCUUGCAAAAUAAGAACAUACUAAAAAUUAAAAAUAGAUAAACCUUUUGCAAAAUAUCUUA